AGAGAAGGACUAGGGCAGGCUACGGGCGAGGGGCUGGGAUUGUGACAUAUAAGGUUGCUAUAGGGCCACCGACCCAGCCCUCCCCUGCCCCAAUUGGAGCACAGCGAGGGCGGGGGUUUCCACCCCUUUCUCUCCCCACCCAGCCUGGCCUCUUGUCACUCACCCAGAGAAUGAGGCUGUCGCACAGCGGCUGGUCGUUCGGUUUCCCUUCCAUGGCGACGGCGGCGAUUUCCCUUUCAGCAGCAGCAACAGCAGCGCCGCCGCGCUCUUCUGCGGAACGUACAAUACACCAACCUCACUUACUCCCAGAACAAUGCGCAGGUUACGUGUCACCCGCCGCUUGUGUCACCUUAACAUUAACACCCAUCUCUACAUCUGCCUCGUCCCCCGAGGGUCGUCUUUGGUGUUUGACGCAAGACCUGGCCAAUCGUGAGGAAUCUCUUAGACAGCGGCACCAACGUUACGACAGUGAAUUGAGCUGCCCAAUCUGCCUCCAGACUGCUACAUGCCCAGUAGAAACCAACUGUGGACAUUUAUUUUGUGGUUCCUGUCUGAUUGAAUACUGGAAACAUGGAUCCUGGCUGGAGGCAAUCAGCUGCCCACUCUGCAGACAGAAAGUCAUUCUUCUGUACAAUGUCUCUUGUGAAAAUCAGCCUGACAAACUGAGCCAACGAACUGUAUACAAUAUCAAAGAUUACAACAAACGCUUCUCAGGACAGCCUCGGCCUCUUACAGAUUAUCUUUAUGACAUGCCACUUCUUUUCAACCUUGCCAUACAAAGAAUCUUCACACUGGGUGGCCUUGUGUGGAUCUUCUUCCUCAGAGUUGUCAUCUGCUGUUUUGGAACCAUCAUGUGCGUAACCUCUCCAUUUGAUGGGAUGCCGGAACCUCUUUGUGGAAUUCUGGGUGUGUUUGACGACCUAGUUGUUGUGUUCCUACUUUUAAUUUGUAUGAUAAACAUUUGCUCUCAAAUGGAUUCAGGAGGAGUAAAUAUGGCAAACUCUACAACACAAAACAUUCUGUUAGAAUCAUAAUGGCCUGAAGCACUGAUUCUUCUCAAACGUAAAAGUGAGCAGACCAUGACGUCCUUUCUUGAUCUCUGGAAGCAAUACAGAAUGCCGUUAGCUUUGAAGAAUGCUAAGGAUUGACACACUGCACUGGAGUUUACAGAAGAGCAACAGAGAAUAUGCUGGGUGGAGGUUCUAAUGUUAAUUAUGGGCUAACACCCAAAUAUGUCCACAAGUCUCUAGAAAUGCACUGCUGCUCUUCUAAGAAGACAAUUUCACAUCUGUGGUAAUUACAUUAACUUCUGGGAGGCAUGAUAGCCAAGAUCUUAUUCAACUGUUUCAUAGCUCAACAGCUCAGAUACGGCUAGCAAACGUUAAGUACAAUUAAACUUGAACUUGCAACUUUUAUUAUUGUAGCAUCAUCAAAAUGACUUAUACUCUUUGCAUAUACAUGAAUAAAAACCUAAAAGAAAAGAUGUACAUGUGUGUUUGGCACACACAGAAAAAAAGUUGUCUGCUUAGGUGGGCUGGAGGAUUGAGCAGCUUACUGAACUAAGAUAAGACUUUAUGAUGCACAGUAUUAUACAGUCACAAGAGUGGCUGUAUACUAUAGCCAGCACAGAUUUUUCACAUUCCGCAAUGUUAAAUUUAAAAUACCCCCUUAUGUCAUACUGCUGCUUCCCAUAAGCUCAUUUCAAAACAAAACCUUACAAAACAUAUAGUCCUGAAGUCAGAAACGCUUGCUUAACAACCCUCUACAGUUUCAUGGUGAUACACAAAACAGAGAGAAUUGAGAGUUAAAGUGUAAAAAGAGAGAAAAAAAUUCAGACCCUUGUUGGACUUUUUUCUGUCAGAGUUCUCAUAAUUUGUUGAAUUAAAAACCAGCUGUGUUCACAGAGUACCUGUAACCCUACUACUGACCUUGCCCCAUACUCUGACCUUUAUCUUCUGCAGUUUAGAAGUUAAAAAAAAAAUGCCCGGCUGAUAUUAAGAAAUUUAGCAUUUGAGUCAACGAUAGGCAUGGGCAUACUCAGAAAGAACCAACUGUCAGUGUUCUAAAAACCAGACUCACAGCUGUUUGGUUUAGCUAAUCAGGGCCACACCCACACCAGACCUUUACUUCACUUUAGACACUCAUAGCUUCCCCCAAAGAAUCCUGGGAAGUGUAGUUCGCGAAGGGUGUUGAGAAUUGUUAGAAGACUCCUAUUCCCCUGACAGAGCGCCAACGCACAAAGUGGUUUAACAGUCAGCUGCUCUGAACGAAGCUCUGUGAGGGGAACAAGGUGUCCCCUAGCAACUCUUAGCACCUUUCACUAACUACACUUCCCAGGAUACUUUGGGAGAUGUCAUGACUGCCUAAAGUGUAAUAAAGGUCUGGUGUGGAUGUGGCCAGGCACAGCUUUGGUUUAAAUUUGGGUGGGAGACUACAUGUGCCUGCUGUAGAAUAAAAACACUCGGGGAAAUGCUGAAAAACAAUGAUAUUGUUCGCAAUAUUUUCCUUUUGGAAAGGAAAGGGGCUUUCCCUUUUCUCAGUACCCACCCAAUCUCCUCCCCUCCCCCUUCCCCCCUCCCUGCUCCUUCCCCAGGCAGUUUCACCUUUCCCAAGCAUGAUUGCACAGGAGAAAAUCCCACUGAACUCAAAACACAUGCAAAUGAUCAAACCUGCCCUCCUCCUCCCUGCCCUCUUGCCCCUUCCCUUGCCCCUCCUCCCCCAUCCCCUUCUUCCCCCUCCUCCCCCCUUAUGGUCAGUUUUACCUAUCCUAGUCAUGAUUGCACGGGUAUAAAUCCCAUUGAACUCAAUAAGCAUGCAAAUGAUAAGUCCUGGCUUUCCCCUCCUUCCCCUUUCCUCUUCCUUCAUCCUUCCUUCUUCCUCCCCUCCCCUCUUCCUUCUUCCUCCUGCCCUGCCCUGCCCUUAUCAGCCCUCCCUCUCCCAUGGCCAGUUUUACCUAUCCUAAGCAUGAUUGCAUGGGAGUAAAUCCCACUGAACUCACUAAGCAUGCAAAUUAUCAAACCUUCCCUCCUCCUCCCCUCCCCAUCCUGUCUGCCCCCUCCCCUUCCUCCCCCUCCCCAUCCCCCAUAGUCAGUUUCACCUAUCCUAAGCAAUGCCAUUGAACUCAAUAAGUAUGCAAAUGAUCAAUCCAUGCUCAGCAAACUUGCACAGGAUUCCACUUCUUACCUCCCUGAUUAAAAAAAUGAGAAAUUCACUAAUAGGAAAAAAUACCCUUGAGGUUUAAGAAUGUAAGAAUGUAUCUAUAGCCAACAGAUAUUUCUAUCAAACUUUAAAAAGCAGGGACAUAGUAAAUGCACCAGGAGAGCAAGAGACCUGACCUCCUCUCUGUACUGCCCUACAAAUUUGUAAAAAUGGAAACACCAUUUGGGUUGGUCUACACAGGAAGUGGAUUGGACUGUGAAAGACCAACCCAAAUUGUGUUUGCAUUUUGACAAAUUUGUAGGGCAGUAUAAAAUCUCAGAGAGGAGGUCAGGUCUCCUACUCCCCUGGUGCCUUCACUAUAGCUGCCCAAUUUCCCUGCUUUUUAAAAUUUGAUAGAAAUAUCGGUUGGCUAUAGGUACGUUCUUAAACUGCAAGGUUUUUUUUUUGCUUAUUAGUGAAUUAGAAAUGCAUGUAUAAGGAUUGCGAUUUGGGUAUGUUAGCCAAUAGUUGCAAGUGUCAUAAUACUGCCCAGAGUUACUAUAAUAAUUUUUAAAAAAUCAACACCCCAAAAAUGGAUACGAGGGAAUUAGAUAGAUUAGAAAAGUAACCUUAGAACACUAUUAUCUGAUUCUUUUGAACAUAAAUACGAUCUUUUAAAAUCAGCUCCUCAUGUUGAGCCUCACGGUUGCAAUUGUUUUGGUUUCAUUGUUUGCAAGCUUUGUGGUACUGUAUGCUGUUUCAUAUACAUCCGUAUAGUAACUUAAGACAAACCAAUGGCAAACUUAUGAUAUCUGAUAUAAGCACAAAUAUCUUAAGAAGCAUGGGACUAUAUAAACAAGAAGGAAUUACCAGAAAGAUCACUUUCUCUCAGAUAUCCCUACCCAAACCUUAAGAUCCUCUUCAGAGACUCUGCCCCCACCAAGUGAAUUUAGGUGGGUGCGGUGCCUAGCAAGGCAAGGGCUGUUUUGGUACCGACACUUCAGGAAUAGCCUCCCCAGAGACUCAUCUGGUGCCUUCUUCUAUGGUCUUUUUCCCCCAGUGCAGUUAACAGUUAAAUCUGGGUGAAUAAAGAGAUUAUUCAGCCAGAAUUUUAACCUAUGUUUUAUGCAAGGACAUUUUUUUUUGCUGUCCUUUAGUUUUAUUUUUUAAAUUAAGAUUAAAAAUAUUGUGUUUUUAAUAUUCCGCUGUAAUAUUUUGCUGUAAGGUAAUAUUUAUUGAUGG